AUGACGGAAACUGCGAUAACUGUUACUCCUAAUGAAGGUGCGCCACACGUUAAAACCGAUCCUGGACAAGGACAAGGUACCCUGGGUGGAUUAAAUAUUAACCUGGAUUAUUUUAAAACCGUGCCUGGUAUUAUUAAAUUAGUACAAGCAAAAGCCAUUUUUUUCUCGACAAAAUCUGUUCUGUUGGCUUUAAAUAAAAAAUAUACCUUAAUUGUUAACGUUCUGUCGGAUUGA